UUGUCCUGAAAAGGCUCUUCCCAAAGAGAAUGGUACAGAAAGUAGUUAUCAUUGGGGCAGGGGUAAGUGGACUGGCCUCCAUUAAAUGCUGUCUGGACGAAGGGCUGGAGCCCACCUGUUUUGAGAGGAGCGAUAGCAUCGGGGGACUUUGGCAAUUCCGGGAAAUUCCUGAAGAGGGAAGGACUAACAUAUACAAAUCUGUCAUAACCAACACAUCGAAGGAAAUGACCUCUUUCAGUGACUUCCCAUUCCCAGAGGGUUACCCCAACUUCUUACAUCACUCUGUUCUCCUGGAGUACCUCAGAAUGUACUCUGAACACUUCCAGCUUCUUGACUACAUACACUUGAAGACCACCGUGUGCAACAUCCGAAAACAUCCAGAUUUCACCACCACAGGACAGUGGGUGGUUUAUACAGAGAAAGAUGGACAGCAAACAGUGGCCAACUUUGACGCCGUUAUGGUUUGCAGUGGCUUUUAUACAGAGCUGAAUCUUCCAUUGGAUUCUUUUCCUGGCAUCAAGAAAUUUAAGGGUCAUUACCUGCAUAGCUGGGAAUACAAAGAUCACACCGGGUUUGAAGGGAAAAGGGUCCUUGUUCUUGGUGCUGGGAAUUCUGGAGGGGACAUCGCUGCAGAGAUCAGCCACACUGCUGCUCAGGUCUUUCUCAGCACCAGAAGUGGAACAUGGGUGCUGAGCCGCAUUUCAGAUGCUGGCUGGCCUUUCGACAUGAUCUCCACCAAUCGCUUCAUGAAUUCCAUUCAAAAGUUUCUUCCAGCGGGCAUCUCAAAGAAGAUGCGGGCAAAGACAUUCAGUCGCUGGUUUAACCAUGAGAACUACGGCUUGAUUCCUCUUGAAAGUUCAAGAACACCGUUAAUUCUGAACGAUGAACUGCCCAGCCGUAUCCUUUGUGGUUCUGUGGUGGUAAAGCCAAACGUGAAGGAGUUCACAGAGAGCUCCGCCAUCUUUGAAGAUGGAACUGUAGAAAAGGACAUAGAUGCUGUCAUCUUUGCCACAGGCUACACCUCAUCCUUCCCCUUUCUAGAAGAAUCUCUCCGCAGUGCCUGCAGAAGCAACAAGUCCCUUUAUAAGCAGAUCUUCCCUCCUCAUCUGGAAAGGCACACCCUGGCCAUCAUUGGCUUCAUAGAGGUAACUGGAUCCAUCAUGCCGGCAGUGGAACUUCAGGCCCGCUGGGUCACAAGAGUCUUUAAAGGGUCAAAUAAGCUCCCCGCAAUGAGCCAACAGAUGAGUGAAGCUGCUAAACAGAGGAAGGCUCUCCAUAAACAGGGUGUUCCCAGUAACCAGGACAAAGUGCGGACAAACUUUAUCAGCUACAUGGAUGACAUUGCCACCUGCGUAGGCGUCAAGCCCAAUGUGCCAUUGCUGUUCCUAACAGAUCCUAAGCUAGCCUUUGAAGUCUUCUUUGGCCCCUGCACUUCUUACCAGUACCGCCUGACUGGACCAGGGAAGUGGGAGAAAGCCCGAACUACAAUCCUGACCCAGUGGGAUCGAACCCUAAAACCUCUGAAAACUCGAGUUGCAGUUUCCUCUCCCAAACACUCCUCCAUUUCCCUUUGGUUUCUAGUCCUUGGCCUACCGACGUUCCUUGGUGCUGCUGUGUUGACUUUUAAAUACUCGCAUCCUUCAUGGUUACCCUGGAUAAAGUGA